UUCAACUGUUUUCACAAACGUGGUGACACUCAAAAAAAGUUGCCAGCAAAACACCAGGACUUCAGACAGCCAAGAGCACACUGCCUAUGUGCUCAUAAUUAUCUGAGCAGCCAAGGUCCAGAUUCUAUAUGCAAAAAGAAGAUCAAAUAUCCAAAGACCAACAUCUGUAUAGAUAUUUUAAAAUCUGAACAAACAGAAAACUACAGACAACUACUCUUUGCCUUCCUGGUAUCAUGGAGAAAGUCCAGUAUCUCACCCGCUCUGCCAUAAGAAGAGCUUCAACUAUUGAAAUGCCCCAACAAGCACGUCAAAAUCUCCAGGAACUCUUUAUAAAUUUUUGUCUCAUAUUAAUAUGUCUCUUGCUUAUAUGCAUUAUUGUGAUGCUUCUCUGAAGUUCUGAUACUACUUCUGAUUCCGCUGUUCAUCAGCGUGGAUCUAAAACCUGUCAUGCAACAAGGAAAAGAAACUGAAACUGUAGAAGCAACCAUUUUCUGGGCGCAAGAAUAUAUCCAUGAAAAGAAUGUAAACGACAAUCAGCUGAUAUAUUCUCCUGCUGGAUCCUUCAAACUUGGAAAAUGUUUCUUUAAAAAAGUUAUUUUCAAAAGCAAUAGUCUAAUUAUGUGUGAUGUAAUGCUAUUUGCUUAUUAGGCACUGCUUAUAAAAGGCUAUGUUUUCUAAUUCACACUAUUAGUCAAAUCCACUCUAUAUUCAAACCAAGUAUUUCACUGUUUGGGGGUCUGUGUAAUUUACAUUUUAUUGUUAUACUCAGAUAUUAGAUUUUUCAGUGCUUUAAAGACAAUUACAAAAAUAGCAAUUCAAAAAAAUGUUUCACCAUUCAAAUCUGGAGAGCUUCUUACAAUCACUUCAACUUUAGAGUAUUCAUAAAAUUGCAGGUAUACUUUCAUUUUUGUUAUUGCUUAGAAUCACAAUCUACCAAACUAAAAGAAAAAAAUUUUAAUGAAAUGUUAAAAUAGAAAACUAGAUUUUAUUCUACACUGCUCUUCACCCCUAUUUAAAGAAAGGGUACAAGAACAAAGAAAGACUGUAAAGUCCUAAAUUUACCUUUUAGUAAAAAGUUUUCUAUUACUUGCAGCUCCAAUUAAUUCAAUAUAACUACAUAUUGAAUAUACAAAUGAGUAAUUCAGAUUUUUAGGUCAGUCAAAUCUAUUCUUCUUCCUAGGGUGUUAUGUUCUGGUAGAUAACGGAGAACAAGUCAAUCAACACACUAGACAGAGUGAUUAGCUGGAGAUGUUCCCAAGACAUUUUACUUCAAGGUAUUUCUGCCAAAGCGUACAACUGAGACACAGGUUCACUGAGUACCAUAUAUAUCACAUGGAAAAAAAAAAGAUGUCAUGUGUAUCAGGAUAAAUUAUCCCAGAUUUUGAAAAAUGAAAGGUAGCUAUUUUAUGCCAUAUAUACUUAUUACGCUAAACUUCUAUAGACUAUUAACAUUCACCCCAUAUACUUCUUAAGGUGGGAUAUAUUAUCAGUAGUUCAUAACUAAGAGACGUUUAUUAAGCUCCUCUUUGACCUCAACUGAAUUCAGCAUCUACACUGACAUUAAGAUCAGAGGUGGACAUGGUAGAGUACUUUUUAAUUUGUUCUUUUGCUUAAAGGGUUUUUUUUAAUCUUUAAGAAAAUUAAGUUUUCUUUAAACCAUGACAAAUGGUCAUUAAAUUCUAUGCCUUACGCAUUAAUAUUUUAAAAAAAUUUAAACCGGGAUUUUAUAUUUAUUAGUGCAAACAAUUUUUUAAAAUUUUUGUACCUUUGAGGCAUAUUCAUAAACCAGCUGUUUUUGUGGUUUUAAAACAGGUCAACUUCUAAAUAAUUAAUUCCUAUCCAAAAUACAUGAUAGCCUUAUUAUAGGUGCAGAGCUCCUACAAAAAGUUUUGACAAUAUUUUUCCUGUGGGAAAACUGCUUCAAGAAUCAUAAAAUGCAACGGAAAUAGGAGAUUCUGGGAUUACAGCAAGCAUAGGAAAGACUGUGUCAGGAAAGCAGUGAACCAGAAAGUAGGCAUGUAGUGACAUCUGCUGGUAUAGUAAAAUACUGGACAUGGAGUCAGAAGACCUGAGUUCAAGUCUCCUUUCAACUAACUUGCUCAUUAGCUAUGUGACCUCAGAAUGAAGACAUUAACUAUUUUGACUUAUCUCGGAAAAUAUAAGUAAUGGUUCAGUGCUGAUUAAGGGUUAUGAACAGGCUAAACUGAUCUUGUAAACCAAGUGUAAACCCUGAAAUGUUAAGCUGUUUUCCUUCCAGUUGAUUUGUUCACUGUGCUGAUAUUAAGUUUAUUUUUUUUUAAUAUUUGAGAAGAAUUCACCAUAGUUUCUCCUAAGGAAAAGCUGUUUUAUUUCCUCUCAUGAAUAUAAAAUGAACCUAUACUGUCAAAAACCAUAGAAUAUUAUUACUUCUACACAGAAACUAAUUCCUUCAAAUCAAACUCUUAAGAUCUUAUACAGUGAUUCAAUGAUAAACUACGUAAGGGAAAAUAAGAAAGCUGUUGCAUUAAAAAUGAUCAGAUAGCAGAUGUAUAAUACAAUAUGAUUCAAGAAGAGAAAAUUCUAACAUUACAGUCUGAUUAAAAUUUUUAGAGAAUUAGCUAAUUUAAAAGACUAUUUUGUAUUAUCAUUUAUAUUGUGGUUGGUUAAAAAACUAUCUGAUAGCUAAAUAUGAUGUUUAAUACAGUCACAAUCACCUAUUUAAAAAAGAAUGUUUUUGCAUUUAAUUACAUUGUUUCUAUAAUGUGCUCAUUUUAACAUAACAAUAAAACAAUCUAAAAUACUGAAGGUAGAUUUGGCUUUGGAAGGUUGUUUUAAAUACUGUAUAGGAGCAGCAAUGAUUAGAGUCAAGAUUACAACCUAUGCUCACAAGAGGGCAGACUUCUAUAAAAUACAGGAUGUUUUCCCCUAAUAACCAUACCUGAACAUGCUACUAAAUAAAUACUCAUUAAUGUAAA